AUGAGCGAAGGAUACGAGAAUUAUUACAGCGUCAUAAAAGAGUUCAAUGCAAGACUUGGUGAUGAACUCACAAUACGCCCUGGCGAUACCAUCGAGCUCAUCAGCGAUGACAGUGAAUUUGGAGAUGGAUGGUAUAUGGGACGAAACUUGUCCACCAAUAGAGUUGGGUUAUAUCCAAAGGCAUUUACAAAAUUGGCCAGUGGACAAAGCAAAGGAAAGGCUUCUUUGCUUAGAUCAAGAUCGAGGCGGACACCGCUAAACAGUCCCGUCGCUGUAAAUUCUCCCUCAGAGAUCUCUGAUCUUUCAUCGCUUAGCCAGCAGCAGAAGACUGGGAAGUCCAAUUCUCCACUUGUUAUUGCAGAUCGAUACAACAACUCUGAAAGUCUUACGGCCAACAAUGCCGAGGCGACGCCAUAUAAUCAAGUCCAUGAUACGAGUUCCAACAGGUACAUUUCAGUACACAGGACCUUAAGCGAUAUAGAUAAAGCAUUGCAAGAGCUACAUUCCAGCGAAGGUUUAAGCAACCAUGAAAGCCACAGUGUACUUCUUGAUCCAGCGGAGGUCACAAGCUGGAGUCCAGAGCAGGUCACUCAAUACUUUUCUGGCCUUAAUUUUGAUAUUGAAAGCGCAGGUCAAUUCGCCAGACAUAAGAUCAAUGGAGCUAUACUAAUUCAGUUGGAGCUAUCUUACCUUAAGGAGCUUGAUAUUACAUCGUUUGGUACCCGCUUUGAAAUUUACAAAGAGAUAGAGGAAUUGAGACUUGCCUCCAAGAAUAAAAGGCACAGUAGGAAACUUGUGUUUCCUAGUAGUCGAUCAGGGAAUGAGGAAUCCAAGUUAGUGCUUCGUACCCAUGCGAGAAAGAGGUCGCAAUCAAUGGAUGAUAUAUUCAGAGCAAGCCUUAGCGGAUCAAAAUCUAGCGUUGGAAAUCCUGUGGAUUUCAAACAAUCAUUAGGGGACACUUCUGAGGCUGAACUGGAGCCGCCCAAUUAUCUUGAAACACCUAGCGACAAUGAUAGUGAGCCCGAACAGGAAUUCAGCACACCUACAGGGCUUUUUGAAUCUCCCAGAAAAGCACCGCAACCACCAUCCCUUCCAAGCCCAUUGGUCAAGAAAGAUUCUCCGAUUUCACCAGAAACGGAUAAGGGUGAUGAGUCGCAUGGAAGAUACCGACACAGUCGCGAAUCCUCUGUUGGAAAUACAUCAUCUAUUUACACCGAACGGAAGCAUUCUCGAAACCCCUCUUCUACAUCAUUUACCAAUGCUUUGCAACAAAAGGGAGCAUUGUUCACUAAAACUCAUUCUAGAACAAAUUCGGAUUUCAACGUUGCACAAAAGGAUGCCUCGUGGCGAUACGUGGACAAAAAUUUCCAUCAUUCGACACAAAAGCAGCAAAUAAAGGGGGGCCACGGUAAGUUGAUUCCGCCAUUUAAUAGUUCUUUACAAAUCUCUGAGACUGAAGUCAACCCAGAGAAACUUGAUAUCGACAGAAAAAACUCAGAUAGAAGGUCCAUCUCAGCAAAAGAUAUGUCUCCAAAUCCCAAAACCAUUGAUCCAAAGAGAAUAGCUUCCGCAGCAGCGGCUUCAGCUACUAAUAAUUCGAAAACGUCGGGAUUUCGUUCCUUGGGCGGUCUUAGAUCUUCCAAGAUGUCGACAUCAGCAUUUCAAGAAGGCAUUAGAAACAUAUCUCCAGAUGAAGCGAUUCGAACAGCAGACUACUCAGGCUGGAUGAGCAAAAGAGGAAAUUUGUCAAUAGGUUCAUGGAAACAAAGAUAUUUCACACUUCACAAGACAAGGUUGUCGUAUUUCAGCUCAUUGAAAGACAAGCGCGAAAAAGGACUCAUUGAUAUAACUGCUCACAGAGUUUUACCUGCAGUUGAUACCGAGGACAAACUUAGCACUGUGUAUGCAGCCACCACUGGUUCAGGAAGGUAUUGUUUCAAACUUGUUCCUCCGGCCCCAGGUUCUAAGAAAGGGCUCACUUUCACUCAGCAAAAAGUUCAUUAUUUUGCCGUCGAAACCAAGGAAGAAAUGAGAGGGUGGAUGGCUGCUCUGAUGAAAGCCACAAUCGAGCUUGAUGAAUCAGUUCCAGCAAUUUCUUCGUGCGUGACGCCUACGAUCCCACUCCAAAAAGCACAAGAACGAAUGGUUGAAGCAAGAGAGAAUGCACGUCUUAACCUCGAAAAACUGGAAAAGGGUCAAAGCAUCCAAGAUAUGACUACGGAUGAAGACAUGUCAUUAAAAUCCAACAACAUGUCAGCAACCCAUACGCCCAAUACUCAACCAUCGACUCAAUUUCAAAUUACAUCGACAACUCCUUCAUCGACAAACUCUUCUAAUCGCAAACUUUCAGUCAAGGUUGACACUACAACAGGCCCUUCUGAAUCUGGUUCGCUGAUUGGCCUUUCAACGCCUUACCCGAUGACCUCGGGGAUCAUGUCCCCAAAUUCUCCGUCGACUUCUGAACUUAAUUCUCCUGGCUCCGCCAGUUUGAGAACUACCAAAGGCACAGUUAGAAAAAUUCCAACUGCGUCAACUAAUCCUGUUCCGAUGAUAACAAAACUUGAUACACCGCAAGAUCAAACCAGCUCUUCUAAUGCUGUCUAA